UCUACGUCUCUGUCUCUGUCUCUCCAAGUCAAAAGAGGAGUGCUCUACACACCUCAUAAACUCUUUCGCUCCCUGUAUUCUCCCUUUCUUUCAACCGUCACCACCUAAUCUCUUGACCUUGUCGCUUCCUGUGUUGGCUAUAUAUUUGUGAAGAUUAUUUUGUGAUCGAUCGGAUUUUGUACAGUGAUUGAUCGAUUAGAUUUGGGAGUUUUUAGGGAGUCAGAGAAGCGAUGGCGCAGAAGAAGUUUAUUAUUGAGGUGGAGAAGGGGAAGGAAGCGAAGGACGGUAGACCAUCGAUGGGGCCGGUGUACCGGAGUUUGUUUGCCAAGGAUGGAUUCCCGUCUCCGAUUCCUGGAAUGGAGAGUUGCUGGGAUGUUUUCCGCAUGAGUGUUGAGAAAUAUCCUAAAAAUCCGAUGCUUGGUUAUCGUGAGAUUGUGAAUGGGAAGGCUGGUAAGUAUGUGUGGCAAACUUAUAAAGAAGUUUAUGACAUAGUCAUUAAAGUUGGGAAUUCAAUCCGUGCUUGCGGUGUUGAUGAGGGAGGAAAAUGUGGUAUUUAUGGUGCCAAUAGCGCGGAGUGGAUUAUGAGCAUGGAGGCUUGCAAUGCCCAUGGACUCUAUUGCGUUCCUUUAUAUGACACUUUAGGUGCCAAUGCUGUGGAAUUUAUUAUAUGCCAUGCAGAGGUUUCAAUUGCUUUUAUAGAAGAAAAAAAAAUUCCUGAGUUGUUGAAGACAUUUCCUAACUCAACAAAAUACUUGAAAACUAUCGUGAGUUUUGGCAAGGUUACACCUGAUCAAAGGGAGGAAGUUGAGAAGCUUGGCCUGGCUAUAUAUUCUUGGAACGAAUUCUUAGAGCUGGGACAGAAUAAACAAUUUGAACUGCCAGAGAAGAAGAAAACUGAUAUCUGUACAAUCAUGUAUACUAGUGGAACAACUGGUGAUCCCAAGGGGGUAUUGAUUUCAAAUGAAAGCAUUGUUACUCUUGUAUCAGGGGUUAAGCGCCUUCUUGAGAGCGUCAAUGAACAUUUGACAGCGAAGGAUGUAUAUCUCUCGUAUCUUCCUCUUGCUCAUAUCUUUGAUCGUGUGAUAGAGGAGUUCUUUAUUUCACAGGGUGCCUCGAUAGGAUUUUGGCGUGGGGAUGUAAAGUUGUUGCUAGAAGACAUUGCAGAGCUGAAACCGACUAUUUUCUGUGCUGUUCCCCGUGUAUUAGAUAGAGUUUAUGCAGGUUUGCAACAGAAAAUCUCUUCGGGGGGCUUCUUGAAAAAAACAUUGUUCAAUGUUGCAUACUCUUACAAACAGAGUAACAUGAAGAAGGGGCAUAAAACUGGAGAGGCCGCACCAAUCUUUGACAAAAUUGUCUUUAGCAAGGUAAAGCAAGGAUUGGGAGGAAAUGUGCGGCUUAUUCUAUCUGGGGCAGCACCUCUUGCUACCCAUGUAGAAGCUUUUCUGAGAGUGGUUACAUGUUCUAUCGUUUUGCAAGGAUAUGGCCUGACAGAAAGCUGUGCGGGGACUUUUGUCUCGCUACCCCAUGAAUUUUCAAUGCUUGGUACAGUGGGCCCUCCUGUACCAAAUGUGGAUGUAUGCCUGGAAUCUGUUCCUGAAAUGGGAUAUGAUGCCCUUUCAGACACACCUCGUGGAGAGAUUUGCAUAAGGGGGAAAACUGUAUUUUCAGGGUACUACAAGCGCGAAGACCUCACCAAAGAGGUCCUGAUUGAUGGGUGGCUCCAUACAGGGGACGUUGGUGAGUGGCAACCAGAUGGAGCCAUGAAAAUUAUUGACCGGAAGAAGAACAUAUUUAAACUUUCACAAGGAGAAUAUGUUGCAGUUGAAAAUUUGGAGAACAUUUAUGGACUUGUCCCUGGCCUUGAUUUGAUAUGGAUAUAUGGAAACAGCUUUGAGUCAUUCCUAGUUGCUGUUGUUAACCCUAAUAAGCAAGCACUUGAACGUUGGGCUGAAGAGAAUGGUGUCAGUGGGGACUUCAACUCCCUCUGCGAAAAUCCUCUGGCCAAAGAAUACAUACUUGGGGAGCUCACAAAAAUUGGAAAAGAAAAGAAGUUGAAAGGCUUUGAAUUUGUCAAAGCUGUCCACCUUGACCCUGUACCAUUUGACAUAGAGCGUGACCUCCUAACUCCGACAUAUAAAAAGAAGAGGCCACAGUUGCUCAAAUACUAUAAGGAUAUUAUUGACAAGAUGUACCAGACUGUGAACAAGCCCAAAGCCUAAAGAAUGAUAACUUCAUCCAUGGAAGGCUUGCUAUUUUUCUUCCUUUAGUCAAUAGCAUUGAUGAUACUGUAUUUUAUGUUUGAUCAUUAUUAUUUUUGUGAAUGUACAUAUGAGUUAUAAAUAGACCACUACAAUUUGAAUGGUUCGCUACAUCAAUCCUAUGUUAUGGUACCUAAUCUUAUGAGAAAUCGAGCCUAAAGUUGAUUUGAG